UGGACCUUUCACAGUCUGCAACGCCAAUUCGCAUCCAUUUUGUGGCUGUAUGGAGGGCUUCUCUCCAAAGUCACCUUAGGAUUGGGAAGUCGAUGAUCCAACUGCAGGAUGCGUCAGAAAUACUCACUUAGACUGCACAACAGGUUACAAAAACACGACAAGUUCAACAGACAUGUUCCACACCAUAGCUCAUGUUACAUUACCCUCUUACCCCCAUAACAUAGAAGAUGUUACAACUCAGAGUGAAUGUGAAGAAGCUUGUCUUAAUAAUUGCUCUUGCACUGCUUAUUCCUAUAGCAGUGGCAGAUGCUCUAUCUGGUAUGGUGAAUUGUUCAGUCUAAGUCAAACUGAUGGCAUUGAAAAUUUUUCUGAUAAUGAUCUUUACCUUCGCCUUGCUACCAGAGGUAUGCAAAGUUUGGGGGAAAACAACAAAGUAAGAUCAAGAAUUGUUAUUGCUGCAGGCAUUGCUAGUUGCGGAUUACUAAUUUUCAUGCUAAUGUUUUGGAGCAAAAAAAUCAAGUGGUGUGGUGUGCCAUUACUUGGAAGUCAAGGUAGUGGUGGUCGAAUUAUAGCCUUCAGAUAUACUGAUUUAGGCCAUGCUACUAAAAACUUCUCACAAAGGCUGGGAGGAGGUGGUUUUGGUUCUGUAUUUAAGAGAGUGUUAAGUGACCGGACUUCUAUAGCUGUGAAAAGGCUUGAUGGUGCCCGUCAAGGAGAAAAGCAAUUCAGGGCCGAGGUGAGCUCAAUUGGAUUGAUCCAACACAUCAACCUAGUCAAACUUAUUGGAUUCUGCUGUGAAGGUGAUAAGAGGCUACUCGUGUAUGAGCACAUGUCAAAUGGUUCUCUUAAUGCCGAUCUAUUUCAGAGCAAUGCUUCUACUAUCCUUAGCUGGAGCACCAGGUAUCAAAUAGCCAUAGGAGUUGCUAAGGGACUGUCCUACUUGCAUCAUAGUUGCCGAGAAUGCAUCAUACAUUGUGAUAUUAAGCCAGAAAAUAUACUUUUAGAUGCAUCAUUUCUUCCUAAGAUUACAGACUUUGGGAUGGCAGCAAUUGUAGGAAGGGAUUUUAGCCGAGUUCUGACUACAUUUAGAGGCACCGCAGGGUAUCUUGCCCCAGAGUGGCUCAGCGGAGUUGCUAUUACACCAAAAGUUGAUGUCUACAGCUUUGGUAUGGUACUGUUGGAAAUCAUAUCAGGAAGAAGGAACUCAUCCGAAGCAUACACCAGCAACAGUUAUCAGGCUGUUUAUUUCCCAGUGCAAGCCAGCAGCAAGCUCCAUGAGGGAGAUGUGCAGAGUUUGGUGGACCCACAGUUACGAGAUGACUUUGAUUUAGCAGAGGCUGAAAGGGUAUGCAAGGUUGCAUGUUGGUGCAUUCAAGAUAACGAGGUUCAUCGUCCGACAAUGGUUGAAGUUGUCCGGGUUCUUGAGGGUCUCCAGGAGGUUGAUAUGCUCCCAAUGCCAAGACUACUUGCAGCUAUUACAGAACGCUCUGAUGUGACUUCAAUGUAAUAAUUCAUAAAUUCUUUCUAGUUGAUUUUUAUUUUCAGAUGUCAAAGUAGACAACAUCAUUCUUUAUUUU